UUCCAAACAUCUUAAAGAAUCUUCAGAAGCACCUUCAUAGAUACGGAGAUGCUUUUCUCUGUCCUUCUUGUGCUGGGCAUCUGCCUGGUGCCAGCUCACUCCAAACAAAAAGGAGAAUAUCUCGGCAGUCCUUUCCUUCAAGACUGUUUUGAAGAGGCAAAGAAAAUUGUUGAUGAUGCAUACAAAUACUCCAGAGAAGAGAGUCUGCGUCGAGUCCGCAGGGACGUGGUGACCCCUCGAGAUACUCUUCGUCUCUUGAAGCAGCCUCGUGGAGACACACGCAAUGCUGUGAGAUCUGCAGACUACAUGCAACAAACCCUCCGCCUGCUGCGCGAAAGGGUGCACCAUGUGCACCAUGUGCACAAGCGCUCACUCAACGCAACAGAUUUGCUCACUGAAUCCGACCUGCAAAAACUUUCCGAAAUAACCGGAUGUGCAGCUCGAAUCAGACCUCCACUCUGCAAUAUCACACAAAACAUUAACCGCUUUCGCACAAUCACCAGCGUCUGCAACAAUUUAAAUAACCCUCGCCUCGGAGCCUCAAACACCCCUUUCGUCCGCUGGCUGCCAGCUGAAUAUGAAGAUGGCAUCUCCAUACCAAAAGGAUGGUCAAACGAAUCAAUCAACAACUUCCUGCUCCCCCUGGUACGACAGGUGUCCAAUAACAUCCUCCCAACAACUGAUGCAGCCGUGGUUAACGACAGAGAAUUCACUCACAUGGUGACCUUGUUUGGCCAGUGGAAUGACCACGAUCUCACCUUCACGCCCUUUUCCCCCAGCAUCCGCUCCUUCAGCAACGGGUUGAACUGUGACGAGAGCUGUGAGCGCACGGAGCCAUGCAUCCCCAUCCCGAUUCCUCCCGGUGACCCCCGCAUACCCCCAGGCCCAGAAAAUUGCAUCCCUGCAUUUAGAUCAGCCCCUGUUUGCGGAACAGGAUUCUCAGCCUACAAUUUCGGUGGAGAGCCCAACAAGAGAGAACAGAUCAAUGCUCUGACAGCCUUCCUGGAUCUCAGCCAGGUUUACGGCUCAGAGGACAAGCUCGCCCUCUAUCUUCGUGACCCAAACAGUAAUGAGGGCCUGUUGCGUGUGAAUACAGAGUUCAGAGACAACAGGCGUGAGCUGCUGCCCUUCCACCCUCUCCAGGUCAAAAUGUGCAAAACUCGCGAAAGAAUCACCAAUGACACGAAUGCCAGAGAGGUUCCCUGUUUCAUUGCAGGUGAUUCCCGUGUGGAUGAGAACAUCGCUCUGACUUCCAUCCACACACUGUUUAUGCGUGAGCAUAACCGCCUGGCUCGUGCACUUAAGAGAAUAAAUCCACAAUGGGACAGUGAGACGCUCUACCAAGAGGCUCGCAAAAUCAUGGGUGCUUACACACAGGUGUUUGUGUUGCGGGACUACCUGCCACACAUUGUGGGUGACGAGGCGAUGCGUAGACAGCUUGGCCGUUACCCAGGCUACAAUCCUAAUGUCGACCCCAGCAUCUCUAAUGUCUUUGCAACAGCAGCAUACCGCUUUGCCCACUUGGCCAUUCAGCCAGUCUUGUCCCGCCUGGAUACCAACUUCAGAGAGAACAGACAGUUUCCCAGCGUCCCUUUGUUCAAGGCCUUCUUCACCCCCUGGAGAAUCAUCUUUGAGGGUGGUAUUGAUCCUCUGCUGAGGGGUCUGAUUAAUCGUCCUGCAAAGCUGAACACUCAGGAUCACAUGAUGGUCGAGGCUCUGAGGGACAGGUUAUUCCAGUUUGUGAUGGAGUUGGCUUUGGACCUGGGCUCUCUCAACAUGCAGAGGGGACGUGAUCAUGGCUUGCCUGGCUACAAUGCCUACCGCAGGCUCUGUGGUCUGUCUCAGCCCAGGAACCAGGGAGAGCUCGCUCGGGUUCUGAACAACGCCAACCUGGCCCGCAGGCUGCUGCAGCUCUACGGUACGCCUGACAACAUCGAUGUCUGGAUGGGAGGUGUUGCAGAGCCAUUUGUCCGUGGUGGCCGUGUGGGCCCACUGUUCUCCUGCCUUAUUGCAAAUCAGUUUCAGAAGAUCCGUCAAGGUGACAGGCUAUGGUGGGAGAACCCGGGCACCUUCACUCGGAGACAGAGAGCUGCUCUGUCCUGUGCCUCCUUGUCUAGGAUCAUCUGUGACAACACCGGUAUCACUGCUGUCCCUUCUGACCCAUUCAGCGUCCUAUCAAACAGUAACCGGCUCGUUCCCUGUUCCAGCAUCCGUAGCGUGAAUCUGUUGGCCUGGAGAGAGAGACCAUGCGGAGACGCGGGUGAUGCUAACUGUGUUGAAGGCGAUGAAUCACAGACUAUGGAAUCAGACCCUCAGGACAGCGAAGAGCCCCUGGACAACGAGGUAAUGGAUUCAUUUUUGGACCCCCUGGAAAACGAGGGGCUCCCGGACAACGAGGAGCUCCUGGACAACGAGAUGCACCUGGACAACGAGGAGCUCCUGGACAACGAGGUGCACCUGGACAACGAGGAGCUCCUGGACAACGAGGAGCUCCUGGACAACGAGGUGCACCUGGAAAACGAGGAGCUCCUGGACAACGAGGUGCACCUGGACAACGAGGAGCUCCUGGACAACGAGGUGCUCCCUAACAACGAGGAGCUCCCUAACAACGAGGUGCUCCUGGACAACAAGGUCCCGCAGGGCCCCCUGGUCUGAGAGGCCCUCCUGGACCGCCAACUGUCAGCAUCAAUGCCACACAGCGACAAUCUGCCUUCUUCCUCCGCCUGGGCGAGUACAAUCUAUCCUCUGAAAAAACCAUUCCUUUCCAUCAGGUCAUCUACAACAAACAGAACGACUACAACACGCAGACGGGCAUAUUCACAUGUGCCACCCCCGGUGUCUAUCAGUUCAGCUUUCUUUGCGCCUCCUUCACCGGUGCAGGAAGUGUGGACCUGUGGUGUAACAAACAGCUGGUGCUUCGCAGUUUCAAUAUAUAUAAGGGAGGCCACUACUUUUCAUCAGGGGACACGGUGAUCCGGCUGGAGAGGGGAGCCCAAGUGUGGCUGCAGGCCAGCAACAAGACCUCAGACCUGAGCCCCAAAAGCUUCUUCUCAGGUCACCUGCUCUUCACUGCCUGACAAACCAUUGCCUCUCAACCUCCACAACAUACAACAUACACACCCAACAGACUCUCACUGCAGAUUAUUUAGCAUUUGUUUUCAUUACUAAGCCACUCUGCACUGAACUUUACUCAUUAAUCAGAUCAUAUCAAAUCUAUAUUAAUAGUAAUUUCCUUUUUUAAAUUUGCAAACCUUACAACCACACAAUGCUUUACAUUUUACUGAAGAACAAAUACAUUUUUGAUAGCUUUAGCAAGUAGCGUAAUGAACAUGGAAUACGUUUGCCUGAUAUUAUUCCCACACUCUGUUACAGCAUGCACUCCAUUGGAUAUAAAGUCAUCAAUAGUCAGUUUUGAUGGGGGGAAUUACCAGUAUUAUUAUGAAUACUUUAUGCACUGAUAAAAUGUAUGUGUGCCUUGAAAAUAUUGUGUUGGGCUUUGACUUUGAGGCUUAUUUUACUGUAACUUUUUUUAUCUGUCGUAUUUUGCAUGCAAUUAAAAAAAAUUGUGCCUUGAAAA